AUUCAUGUACACGAUAAACAGCAGUAGCCAUAAUAUUGAUCCUUGGGGGACGCCAUAUUUUGAUUGAAGGAUUGUUUGUAAAUAUUGUACACUUUGAUUUUUUCACCAUGCAAAUUGAUAUACGUAGCUUUGAACAAAAAGAUGUUUUUCGAUUCAAUAUUAUUUUAUUGAAAUUUGCUAUUCAUACACCUUUCGAAUAGGCUACUAAUAUUCACGAGGAUUACAAGAGAGAAAAGAAAGAACGGAUGCCCUUUCCAAUUGAUUGGGGUUGAUAAACAUGAUAAAUGUAUCUCAUCCCGGAUCUCAUCUAUUGGUAGUAUCGUUGAAGCAAUACGAAUUCCUAUGUAAUUUAGUUGACAGACGAAAUCGUAAUAAAUCAUCAUACGAGAAGCAGAGAUGUAGCGACACUAGCAAGCAGCCAUGGAUGAUAAGGUCAAAAUACGAUGGAAAUUUAUUACGCAUUGCACUUUCAUCACCAGUUGAGCAUGUUGAGCAUGGACUCGUGCUGCCAAACCCACUGCCAGGCGAUCUAUCACUGAAGACAAUUGGGAAACAUCCUUCAUGUCUGACAUGAAUGAGUUCAUGCAUCGUUUGCAGUGCAAUUUGAGAUUGCUAGGCGAUGGUAUAUAUACGCAAUGAAGAUGCCAUCAAUUCCAUAGGGGACCAAAAGGUGGACUAAUCAAGAGUUAGCUUAAUUUAAUCGAGGAUGUUAUUGGGAGAUCGAGUUUUUUACGAGGAGAAAUACAAGAUGGACGAGAGUAAUGAUGGUAAAAGCUAUACUUCACCGGAUGCACUGGCGGACGAUGUAAAAAAGCCAUCACGUGACCAACGAACCAAGCUGAAAUACUCUACCGAAGCCUUCACGAUCGAAAACAGUACAUGCUGCAUGAAUAACAUAGCCCAGUUCAUGAUGACCGGAUGGUCGACUGUACUCAUUGCAGUGGAAACCAGUACAAACAGUAGGAUGUAUGUUUCAUCUCUCAUCUUCAAUCUCUUCACCUGGGUGUUGACCGUCAUAAUGAUCAUCAUGAUUGUCAUUAGGAGAAGGACCUGUGCGGGAAAGGUACUCCGGCAAGUGGAUGAGGAGUGGCCAGAAGAAAGGAUGAAUAAAGCUAAAAGGCUGCAAAGGAUGUCUUUUCGUCUCAGUAUGACGCUGGUAGCUCUUCAUAUCAUCUCCAUGGUUGUCACAUCAGUGCAUAUCAGUGGCGUAGUGGAGAACAAAUCAAGGAAUACAUGCGCUCUUACAGGGACCGAAUCUCAUAAUCAUGAUUCUGGAGAACAUCUUACAAACAGCACAACAGACACUUAACAUGUUUGCAUGUUAUACGUGAAGAUAUGCAUCUCGUAUAUCAAACGCAUUUCGGGACGCAUUUAUGCCACAGCCAUACUCACGAAACAGUCAGGCAGACCGAUCAAAAAUGCUACGUAAUUCGAAUGGCACGCCCUCGGUCGAUUUGGAGUUAGUUUCUGUGGUGUGACUGGCACUAUUUUCGUGAUGUUGGGACUAUACAGUUGAUACCUCGAUGGCGCAAGGAUAAUUUUAAUUUCAAGUAAUUACUCCUUACACACAUUUUGUAAAUAUUUGUAAUUUAAUUGUGGAACAUAAUGUUGUUGUUUUUCUAUUUGUAGUCAUUAGUUAUCAUAAUGUUCUUAUAUGUGUUUCAUCUUUUUAAAGGUGUUGCAAGUCUGAAGCAUAUAUAUUGUCAUACCUCUACAUGUCUGCCUCUUGCACUACAUCCAUUUAUGUAAAUGAUAAUGCAUCUCUUUAACUUUGUGAUGGUCACACUGUAUUUUUACAUAUUAAACAUGCAGAAACAAACUAAUAAAUUAAUAAUUGUAAAUACUUCAGAUGCUUGGAUGUUAGACCUACUUAUUGAAUUGUUACACACGAUAAUUGAACCUCGGUAGGGUUCAUGAUUUAACAAUCAUGAUUUAACAAACCUCCAUGAUUAAAGGGAUACUCCGGGCUGAAGAUAUAUAUAGCUAGCUAAGUAUAGUUAAAUUUACAGAGCAAAAUGCUGAAAAUUUGAUCAAAAUCGGAUAACAAAUAAUAACGUCAUCAAAGAUUUGCAUCAUUCUGGUGAAACAGUUUUAGGCAUGUCUUCAUGAAUAUUCAUUAGGUGGACUGAUGUCACAUCCCCACUUUCCUUUUUGUACUGUUAUUACAUGAAAUCAUAUUUGUUUAAUUUUUCCAAUAAUGUGUAAAUGAUGUGUCUCCAUUAUGAAGAAAUGAGUUGCAGAAAUAAAUAACUUAUGCACUUAAUCGGUUUUCAAUCCAAUUGUUUUAGUUCCUGGUAGAAAAAAAUGAAUAAACCUAACUUCAUGUAAUAAAAUACUAAUACAAAAGAACAAGUGGGGUAUGAUAUCAUCGGCCCACCUAAUGAAUAUUCAUAAAAACAUGUCUAUAACUGUUUCACCGGAAUAAUAUAAAUCUUUAAAAUUCAAUAACUUCGUUAUUUGUUAUCCGAUUUUGAUCAAGUUUUCAGACUUUUGCUUCGUGAAUUUUACUAUAUUUAUUGAGAUAUAAAUAGCUUUAGCCUGGAACAUUCCUUUAAAGUUUAAACAGAACUCGAGGUUAGUCAUUUACAGGCGACUUGUCAAUUGAAUAGGUCGAGAUUAGGGGAGCUCUCGUUUCAUCAAUGUUUUCGUCCGAUCAAGAGGAUGAACUGUGACCCUUUCUGGGGGCAAAUGACAAACACCAAUAUUUUCAUAGGUGUUGAUUUAGUUCCUUUAAUGUCAAAUUGGAAAUAUUAAUUUAAUAAAUUAGUAUCCCUAAAUCUGG